GGGUGGGGGUGUGGACUCGAGGAAAAGAGGGAGGGAAGUGGGUGGAGGUGUGGUUGUGAGUGUUUGUGCGUUCCUUGGCGGCGAGGGCUGAGUCUGACAUUUGGAACGUAGAGAGCAGAAGGAAUUGGGCUUCAACAGAAAGGCUACCAUCAAAAAUCAUCAUGUUGGUUCUUCUAGCUGGAAUCUUCCUCCUUCACCUCACCAGCAUCAUCCUCCUCCUAGUGGCAACUAUAGACAAUGCCUGGUGGAUGACAAAGACUGUGUCCACUGAUGUGUGGGCCAGGUGGAUACUGACCAAUGGAACCUGGAGCUCCAACGAUCUCCCCGGCCAGUACCCUCAAGAAUACCUCCAGGCAGUGCAGGCUAGCUCCAUUCUGGCCUGCAUAUUCUCUUCCCUUGGCCUGUUUGUGUUUGUGGGACAGCUCUUCACUCUGUCAAAGGGACAGAGAUUCACCUUCUCUGGCAUCUUCCAGCUCCUAGCCUGCCUGUGCAUCAUGAUCGCUGCCUCCAUCUACACAGACAUCUUUCACAAGAAUGAAUCGGAUGGUUGGUAUGGCCACUCCUUCAUUCUGGCCUGGAUCUCCUUUGCGUUCACCUUCAUCUCCAGUAUAAUCUACUUUGUCCUGCGAAAGAAGACCGCAAACUAGAAGCAGAAGACUAGCCCAAACCCAAGGGACAGGCUCAAUAUCUUACGAUCGGAUUGUUUUUUGUACAAUUAGGUAUGGAUAUGAGUGUGGGAUACAAAAGGGGAGAGUUAUCCACAGAUUUUCUGGCUUGAAUUUUGAUUCAUGUAUCUCUUUUGGUUCCCUGAAGUGUGUCUAAACAUAUUGUAAUAACUUACCUGUUCUGCCCACAGUUAUAACUUACCUGUUCUGCCCACAGUUAUAACUUACCUGUUCUGCCCACAGUUAUAACUUACCUGUUCUGCCCACAGUUAUAACUUACCUGUUCUGCCCACAGUUAUAACUUACCUGUCCUGCCCACAGUUAUAACUUACCUGUCCUGCCCACAGUUAUAACGUACCUGUUCUGCCCACAGUUAUAACGUACCUGUUCUGCCCACAGUUAUAACGUACCUGUUCUGCCCACAGUUAUAACGUACCUGUCCUGCCCACAGUUAUAACCUACCUGUCCUGCCCACAUAGUAAUAACCUACCUAUCCUGCCAACAUAGUAAUAACCUACCUAUCCUGCCAACAUAGUAAUAACCUACCUGUCCUGCCCACAUAGUAAUAACCUACCUGUCCUGCCCACAUAGUAAUAACCUACCUGUCCUGCCCACAUAGUAAUAACCUACCUGUCCUGCCCACAUAGUAAUAACCUACCUGUCCUGCCCACAUAGUAAUAACCUACCUGUCCUGCCCACAUAGUAAUAACCUACCUGUCCUGCCCACAUAGUAAUAACCUACCUGUCCUGCCCACAUAGUAAUAACCUACCUAUCCUGCCAACAUAGUAAUAACCUACCUGUCCUGCCCACAUAGUAAUAACCUACCUGUCCUGCCCACAUAGUAAUAACCUACCUGUCCUGCCCACAUAGUAAUAACCUACCUGUCCACAUAGUAAUAACCUACCUAUCCUGCCCACAUAGUAAUAACCUACCUGUCCUGCCCACAUAGUAAUAACCUACCUGUCCUGCCCACAUAGUAAUAACCUACCUGUCCUGCCCACAUAGUAAUAACCUACCUGUCCUGCCCACAUAGUAAUAACCUACCUGUCCUGCCCACAUAUUACCAAGUCCAUGUUUAGUUUUCAAUAUAAAGUGGGACAACAUUUUUAAAGUGAAUGAAACUUUUACAGCCCUCAUAUUUGUUGAAGGUAUAGGGGAGUCAGAGAGUAUAGACUGACAGUAUCUCAUUAUUUCAGAAUCAUAGUCCUGAACUAUUCUUGCUUACAUUUGAUUUAUUUCUCAAUUAGGCUCAUAAUAAAACAAGGCCAAAACUCUCAAAACCAGAAGAAUGAAUUGACUAGUGCCGCAAACAGAAUCCAAUUUGAGAAACUGUCAACGAUCAUUACCCCGUUUGACUUACAGCCCUACUGUAGUGUGCUGAAUAAGACAAAAAUAUGAUGUAUUUGCCAAUGUCCAUACAUUGAAUGGAACAUUAGUACUAUCCUCACUGCUAAAUGGACCACUCCCCUUUUUAGUUAUGUCAUUAUUUUAUGCUUUGUACCAUUAGUCUUAUUGUGUAGGUUAACUUCCGUUUGUCUGAAUCAACCACCCCAGACACACCCAUGGACUGACAGACAGACGGAUAGAUCUUGAGUGCCUUGAAAUCUGACAGAGCAUAUUUGCUCGCUGCACAUUGAGAUGUGUAAAUAUGAACAUGUUUGGUUACACAUUGUGCUUUGUAUGUCUAAUGCAAUUUUAUUUUUGUUACUAUUAUCAGUAUGAUAAUAAUUUGUAUUAAAACCUGAUUUAAAUCUAA